GAGUGGACACACUGUAGGUUACCACACGGAUUUCGUCUGUCAUGUUUUCCGACUAUUUUAGAAUUAAACUUAGGAAUCUAUUACAUCAAUAUUAACGUAAAAGAAGGAACUGUGGAAGUAAAGGUCCUGGUGAAAUUGGAACUUGAAAGGGAAAAAGAGGAGACCAGAUGUAAGGCUGAAUAGGACUCAGGUGAAAGACAUAUAGUCUAGCUUAGUCAUAACACAAGAAAGGGUGUUUACUUCAUGUGUCGGUCAGCCAAUGAACAUUUGAAACAUAUUCAGCAUUUGAAAUAAUGGCACAUUUGAAGGUAUCACUUUUGGGAUUUCUCCUGUUUCUCCUUCACGCAGCACCCCAGGCAGAGGCAGGAUGUGCUGAGGUGGACUCCUUGACGGAGGCAGUGGCUGGGGAAAGCUUCCUGCUGGGCUGCAUCUCCUGUAAGAGAAGGGAGGAAGUGGUGGCGUCCACCUAUGUCGACUGGUUCUUCAAGCCCAUUGAAGAGGAGAAUUUUGUUCAAAUUUAUCACUAUGAGGAGUCCUUUCCCACCAUUCUGCAUGAGGAUUUUGAUGGCCGUCUAGAGUGGCACGGCACCAUGGGAACAAAAGAUAUCCAGAUAGGUGCCAUUUUCAUUCACAAUGUCACCUUCAACGACACAGGAACUUUCCGCUGCACCAUCGAGCGCACUCUCUUCCUCCCUUAUGGUGAUGAGCAUGUCACCAUCAUCAAGGACGUGGAGCUGUCCGUUGUGGCUAUAGGCAAUCGGGAGCUGAUCUCGGUGAUCUCGGAGAUCAUGAUGUAUGUGCUGAUUGUGGUUCUUCAGCUGUGGAUGAUCGCGGUGCUGAUCUACUGUUACAAGAAGAUCUGGGCAGAGAACGAGGCUAGAGAGGCCCGCAGAGCACUGAAGGCUCAGAACAAAGGUUUGGAUACAAAAGAUACGUGUGAUGGGGUACAUUUGGAGUAACUUUCUUGGGUGGAUGUACUGUACCAAAAUGGCUACUGUGAAGUUUGACAGUAACAUGGUGCUGCAAGUCAUGAGGGUUGCCACCAUAGGGCACCAUCCAGUUCAAGAACCAGGUGCAUCUGGUGCUUAUGAGUUCUAAUAUCAUAACAUCCAAAGAUGUGUUUCAAGCAUGUCACAAACUGGCUUUAGAGCUGAUACAGGGAAACACAAAAAAAGAGCAGAGUGGUCAGAUAAAUGCUAUAACAGUGAUCUUAUCAUUUGGUGUGGUGAUUGAUUCUUCUGUAUUAAGAUUAUUAGAUUGAAUUGCACUGAGGACAAAAUACUGUAUUUGGUAUUUGUAUUGUGAAGUUGUGACCCUGCAAUUUUCCAGAUUUAUAUUGUAUUCUGCAUAUAGGCCUGCUGUUUUUCAUUAGAAAGCAUUUAGUUGCUCGUUAACUAUUUUCGCCAGUAGGCUAUACCUUCUGAAUUCAUCUACUCCAGAAUCUUUUUUUCUUCUUACUUUAGAUGGUGGUUUGGAAUGUUGUUACUGCAGCUGAUGGUUUAGAAAAUGUUGACAGCAGAUGACAUUUCACCUAGAAACCUGUCUGUACAUGUUGUUGUUUUGGAAUCUGCACCUCAGAAUGGUGUGGAGGUUCUUAACUCUAAACCUACAUGUCUUAAGGUAAAUAUGUAUGGAUAUGGAAACAUAGUAAUACACUGGACAAGUGGACAUACAUAAACAUUUGAAGCCAAUUUAGACUGGCCAGUUUUUUAGGAAUUGUAGUAUGCUUCUAACGUUUAAACUGAAUUGUCUCACUGGUUCUGAGGAUAUUGCAUUUGUCUUUGUGAUACCAAUUAUCACAAUAUCUGAAUUUACAGGGACUUUAUUUUUCCUUAUGUGCUUAACUGUUGGACACAUGAUGCUGUACAGUGCUAACGAGGAGCAGAAAUGAUGUGUGAAGCCACCAACAUAGAUUAGGUGGCUUAGAUAGGAUUUUACAUUUGUUACACAGUAUGUUGUCAAAUGUAGGACACAGCAUCAUGGUACACAUCAGGGGUAAAAUAUGAAAGUGUUCUCGUAAAUUGUUAUUUAAGGGCAGAUUGUUUUGCCAACUAUCAUUAAUCUGUGAUUCAAUAUACUGUACGUGCUAACAAGCUAUACAAUAGAACAGCCGAUGAAUACGUUGCUUCAGGGCAGGAGUAAAGGGUGUGUUAAUCACAAAAACCUCAAACCUACAUUUUUCUAAAACCUUUUCUU